UUGUCUAAUUAGUGUGUUAGUGUGGAGGUGGAGCUCAGGAGGAAACAGAGAGGCAGGAACGAGGCUUUUCUUUUAUUCAGUUCCUGGACUCAGAGGAAACCGAGGGAAGUUUCCUUCCAGCUGCAGAAAGAGAAUCACAGCCAGCUGAUCAAGUCGCUCUGAUGGGUUGGGAGGAGGAGUAUCCGAUGAUUGAAGUAUCGAUCCCAUCGAUGGAGAAGGAAGUGGAUGAGUCCGGGAAGUCCAGAAAGCUUUUCAGAGUUGAAGUCUUGUUUAAUGGAAGGAAACAUUUUGUGCUCAGAAGAAACAGCGAGUUCCAGACUCUCCACAGAAAACUCAGGAAGAUCAUCCAGACUCCAGAUUUCCCGAGCAAAAGGAACCAACAUCUGAGGACCAAACCUCUGGAGCAGAGGAGGCAGGAGCUGGAAGACUACAUCCAGGACAUCAUCUAUCAGAACGAAGAUGUGCCGCAGGUGCUGCUGGACUUCCUCCACCUGAAACACUUUCACACAGGCAUGAAGGCCAGCAGCAUGGAAUCUCUUGAUGAGUUGGACAGUCAGGACGACAGUUAUUCGUUACCAAAUCAGCGAGUGUUGGGCUACUUUAAGGAUCCGUAUAUCUCCGAGUGCACAUCAGAUCUCCCAGAUGUUGUUGUCGACGGGGUUCUUCAGGGUUUUUAUCCCCGGGACGUCCGGGUCAGCUUCACCGCCCCCGUUCUCACCGAGCCCGACGCCACCACCUCUAUAGAGGCCUGAAAUUAUUGUUAGAUGUACAAUUUGGUGUUUUAAAAUAGAAUAUACAACACAGUCAAAUACACAGUGGCAGCAGGAAAGAUGAAUGAAAAGGCCAUCGGCAUACACUUGCAUGAUGCAGAAGGAAAAACAGCCUGAAAUAGGUCACAUCAUGGAGGAUGCUUUUGUCCAGCAGCUCCAGUGGGACUUAAACCCAAAACGUCGGCUUUGUUGUUCAGAUACUCCACCUGUUGUAUUGUUCAACCAUUACACAUCCUAUUACAGCCCUUUGACAAUCUCAUGAGGCCAAACAACAAAAUUGCCACUCAUUAUAUGUGUCUGUGUUUUAGUCCGUUUAAGUAGCAUACAAACCGUUUUUAAGUGAUAUGUGGCCACAGGUAAACAUGUCUUUUAGUCAUUUUAGCGAUACUGUAGUUUAGUAUAAUUUUAUAAUAAAGGAACAGCGUGUGAAAAUAGAAAAUUACUUGAAAUCCAGGAAGCAGAUAGGGUUACCUUUUUUAUAUUGUUUACAUUUUUGUCACAGUUGAGACAGACUUGUGCAUGGAAGUUUCUUACAUUCAUAUAUAUUUGUAGUAAUUCAUGUUUAUAGAGGCUGAUAUAAUUCCAGGUGUUAGGUCAAAUACAAUCAGCCCAAUACUGAUACUGAGGCUGAGGUAAUGUGAAGCAUCUUUUUUUAGUGUUAACAAAUCUUUUUUGGAGUUAUAUGUACUUUUUUAUCAUCUUGUUUAUGUUGAAAUUAUAAUAAACAAUCUAACACAUCAAAGACAUAAUUCUGUAUUUAAACCUGAGCUGUAGAAUGAGAUGAUCAA